AUGGAGGAAGAAGUUGAAAAUCUGGAACCAUCAAGCAAAAGGCCCAAAUUAGAAGAAUAUGAAGCAAUUACACCAGACCAAACCGAUGAUGCCUGCAUUAACCGGCUUCCGUAUGAGAUUUUGUGUAAAAUAUUUCGUAAGCUUCACUUUCAAGAACGGAACACUUGUAGCCAGGUGUGCAAGCGAUGGUUUGUAAUUUUACGCUCCGAACCAUUUAUCGACAGUGUACGCUUCCACUUUAGUACUUGCUUCGGACUGCCGUUACAAAUGUGUCCUCAGGCGUAUAUGGACUCCUGCGUACACUGUGUGGUGCACGAUUGUGGCGCAUUUCCAGAGGUUAAAUCCCAGCAAGAGAUACUGAGCAUGGUCCGGACGGUACAGUGUGCUGCCGAUGAACCGGGCCCAUCAACCAGAGUAACGGGUGGGAAAACCGUGGAACAGUUCCUUUUUUCCGGCGAGCUACCGUUAAAAACGCUGGAAAUAAGGUCAUCUUUCGAUCGAAUGCGUCGCUAUCUGGGCGAUCGGCUAAUGGAAUUGAAAACGCUCCAGCAGCUUAAGUUAACCGUUUUACCCGAUUCAAUCGAAGAUUUACCGGCAGAAAAGGCACCCCAUUGGGUUAUCACGCACCCAACCCUUCCGUCACUGAUUUGGGAACUGUACGCCAACACGAACGGAUACGCCGUUAUACUGCCCUCGCUGGAACGUUAUCGGCUCGAAAUAGCUAACGAUUACGACUUGAACACGCUGAUAAACAUCGGCAGUCAGUUGGUUGAGCUAAUCGUUUGGUUUUACUUCGAUCGAGGAUUCGAGCAAACACUUACCGUACCGUUUCCGAAGCUAAAAAAGCUGCUGCUGAAACGUUUCGGCGAGAAAAACAAUUCACCCGACCCUAACACGCGGGUGGACGAUCUGUCCGCCGAAAGGUUCGUACAAAAUGCUCCACUGCUGGAGGAUAUCUAUUUAAUUUCGAACACUGUCACAUUCCGACUGUUCCGGGCCAUCUGUCUGUUUGCUGCCGAUAGACUGACCAGGCUCACGGUACGAGAUGUUAUAUUUCCUCGUGAAAUGUUUUUGCUCAUCCGGGAGUUGAAGAAUCUGCAGUUUCUAAGGUUGAAAGACUGCAUCCUUGAGGAGGGAAGCCGUCUCCGAGGGCUAGACUUUCCACGGUUACAACAUCUAGAGCUUAUCAACAGUGGUACCUGUUUCCGUCUCGAUGCCACCUUUGCACACAUUCAGCGGUUCAAAUAUAGCAUGGAUUCACAACUUUCCCGCCUCUGUCGGCACAUGGUAAUGCUGGAAGAUUUAGAGAUCAAGCUAAACAUUAAGGUCCCGGUGGCAGAAAAUAUUCGCGAACACUUUCAUUCGCUUGCCACGCUUAAAAGUUUGCGUACGUUACGGAUUUGCGGUAUGGAGACGUACACGCGACCGUGGGCCUUCUGUGAACCGAUGCCCGCGAUUAAGCAUUUAGUUUUGCGCAACUGUCAUCUGUUGCGUUGCAAUUUCAAGCAGUUGCGUGUACUAUUUCCUCGGCUGAAAGUGUUGGAACUGAACAAAACAUGCAUCGUGUACAAACGGCUACCGGACGGUGUGAAACCGCUGUUGCACUUGCAACGACGAUUGAAACAGUACUUUCCCAACUGCUGUGUGACGGUGAACCCUUCCUCGUCUGUCAAACCGAUCAGCACGGCGCUGCUAAUGGAGGAUAAAUACCAAUGGAACCUAGAAGAGAUCAAAAGACGAGAUAUGAAAGAGAUUCCACUGAGGGGAAAAAAUUAA